AUGAUUGCGGCAACGGCAAGAACGGUACCGGUAUCGUGGCAGUUGAGGAACAACAAGGAAAGACUGAAGGGGGGAGGGGGGCGGCAGAGGAAGGUCGCACGCAUCCAGACAUGGGAAAGUGCACGAUUGGAACGAUUACGUCAGAUGCCAAGUCCGCUCGAAUUUGUAGGGAAAGCACAGCGGGAACUUGGGGUCAUUGCACAUGUGCGGGGCAUUGAAUGGGCAGGUGCUGGUGACGGUGCAAAGGAAAGAAGAGAGACACGUUGGAAAGGAGCGGAAGCGGGCGGGCGUGGGGAGGAGCAAGUGCGACCCCCGGGGAAAAGCACGGAAAGCAACGACUGUGGGAGAGGGGUGACCUUCCUUUCCCCCCGUCGUGGUUGGGGCGCAGCCGGCGAUGACGGCGAUGGCGCCGGUGGCGCGUCUUGGAAACCCCUCCAGGGCCUCCACGAGCCUUGGCAGCAUCGGUCUACAGACUACUGCCUACCUACUAGGCACCUUAGAUAUCCGUACGGAUACUAA